AUGGAAGCCGGAAGGAAAGCUGCUGGUUUCGUCACCGAUUUGGACAAUUUGAUCCACAGGAUGAAACUGGAGGACAUUCAAGACCGUUUCAAGUUUUCAGAAUUUACGAAAAAAUGGCAAGACAUGGGAUACUACAAUUUAUUCGAUGGUCGAUCGAGUGAGUCUGACAAGGCAGAUUUCAUCGAAUCUUGCUUUCACAUUCUCGUGCAGUUUUUCCGGCUUGAUAAUGUUGGGGAUCAUGGCAAAACGAUGUGUAUUUACAUGCUUUUCGCGCUGUAUUCAACCCAAAGAUGUACUCCAAAGAGAAAGAUUCGAUUGGGCACUCAAGAUUUCGUUUCGAUGUGGACUUUUGCGAAGAGAGCGUACUGUAUGGGCGUUGGACUGGAACAGUAUGCCAUUUUCUGGCAACUUUAUCACCUUCACGCGUUUGAAUACCCGCUCACGAGCACACCAAAGCUUCUUGGUACAUCUGAUAUUUGGCUCCCAAAGAUCAACGCAGACGAAGCUAGCCCGGCACUAGAAAAUGUCGUCAACAAAAUCCCGCCUCAGUUUGGCGAGGAGCUGUCAAGAGCAUGUACUGCACUGAGAAUCACACAUGAUGCCUACAGGUCGACAUUUCAAAGAUGGCACGACAUGUCGCCUCCAGGAAUGCCGCUGAUGGAAUUUGAAAGCAUUGAAAAUCCCGCUGAAGAAAUUGAUAGCAUUAGAAGAGGCAUCAUGGAGAGAUAUCAGCAUCAAACUGGGAAUGCUCCUCCUGAUGUAGAGGACAACUCAAUUUUCACGAGAAGACAGCGUAUUCGUCGAACGGCCCAGACAUCUCUCGUAUCUAGCUAUUUCGUCGUUGAUGAAGGUGGGCAGCAACAAGCUCCUCAGCCACCUAAAGAACCGAAGAAGGUGAUUGUCCGACAACACAAACCAGUUGAGACAUUCAUCCAAAAACACCUCGUCGAAAAGCAGAAUCUCUUUCCAAAGGGAAAUCGAAGUAUUUAUCCUUCAAAGGAUCUCGUUCAAAUCGCCAAUUCCAACAGAGUCAAACGAGGGCGACCCUUUGUUGUGGACGUUGAAAGAAGAGUGAUCCAGAAGGGAAAACGAGGCCAGUGGCAUGUUCGAGAAGAUAAGCUGCAGGAUUCUGAAACCGAAGAAGAAGACGAAGCUGAAAAAGAUGUUGUCCAAGAAGUCGCUUCUUCAGAUGACGAAAAGGAAGACGGAGUGAAGAAGAACAUCAAGCAUGUGAUAAGGGUAACGAGAGACAGAGUCCGAAACGAGAUCGAACGAAAGAACCGGAUGGAAGAAUUGGACCAAGAGCGAAAAGAACUGGAAGCGGCUCGUGAGCAGGGCGUAAGUCAGGAUACCCUCGCGCUGAUUGAAAAAGAGAUGAAGAAGAAGCAGAAAAUUAUCGACUUGAUGGGCCCAGUGAAAGUCAAGAACCCGAACGUCGGAAGACCACGAAAGCAAGAUCCGAGAAAGGAGGAAACACGAGCGAAGCCACCAUCCAAAAAGGAACAGAAAGAGAAACUCCAAAUGGAAAUUGAAAAGAUGAGGAAAAAGAGAGUGACGCAAGCGGCCUCGAGAAAGUCAAAAUUGGCGAAAAUUACGGAUCAGGAUGAACCGAAGAAGAAACGAGUGAGAAGAACAAAAGCGCAGAUGGAGGAAGCAAGACGAAUUGAAGGAGAGAUGAAGGCGCAAAAAGUGUUUGAACGAGAAGAAAAUGCUCGACGUAAACAGGCUGAAAAAGACGCGGCUAGAUUACUGAAACAAGCCGAGAAAGAAGAGAAGAAAGCAAAGAAACUCGCGGAAAAGGAAGAAAAAGAGCGGAAAAGGGCGAACGAUCACAUGGACUUCUACAAGUUGAAGGUCGGCGACUACAUGCAAAUCGAAGACGAGGGCAUUGUCGAGGGCCCGGUUAUUAUAAAAAUCACGAGAAUCGAUGAAACACUCGAAGCGAUUCGUGGCUUCAUCUGGAAAAUAAUGGAUGGCGAGGUUGGAAUGGCGCUGUACGAACGACUUUGGAUGCCAAUCCACGAGAAGCGAUUCGAUCGGGAAUAUGUCUUCUGCAGGGAAGAUUUCGUUCAAAAAGUGACGAUGCGAAAGGCCAAGAAUGGGCUGAAACUCAGCGCAAAGUCGGCUCAGCAUGUCGCCGCGAAAUAUCCUGAUCUGUAA